GAGGCAAUAUGAGGCAAAUGCUAAGCGCAAAACGUACUGAGCUUUUCAUUGGGCUGCUUGCCAUGGGCGUGGCAAUGCUGACUACCAGUCUUUCGGAAGGCUAUAACGAACAGAUAUUUAAGUAUCUUAUGAUAAUAGCGCGUUUGCAAUUUGUGGCGACAUGCGUGCUGCUCUUUGGCAUUCUAAAGGCCCACCAGCAGCAUAAGGAUAAGUGUAUGCUCUUCUGGCUGUUGACAACGCCUUGUCUUUUCUUCGGACUGAUCUUCUAUGGGAUGAGCCGUUGGUACUAUAGGCGCAUUCUCAGCUCCGUGAUCACAGUCUCCAUUUACUGGUUAGCGGCGAUGGCUGUUCUCUAUAUGCUGAUCAUCAUGUACAAUCACUACGUAGCGUUGACUUUGGGUACCAUUGAGGACGUUGCAGCACCUCCGGAAACUGAACCCACCAAAGAGCAAUUGGCCAAAUUGAAUGGUCAAGUUUAAG